GUUUUUUUUCUUUAAUUUUAGUAUACCAGCUACCGGCAAACCAGUCGGUUGAGAACAGAAUUCUUUUUGUCCAGUCAUUAUCAGACUUAUCCGUCUGCUCUUGACGCAUUUAUCUCUUUUUAGUUUUGUUUCAGUGAUAUUUUAUUGAAAUUGUGAGCAAUGAAAGCAUUGACGGCAAUUUUUUUGGCAAUCACCAUUGCUGGUAUCGCUUAUGUCUAUCUCAAAUUGACAAAACCGUUGCCAGCCCCCGAUCUAGACCACAAUCAAUAUUGGGGAAAAGGCGAUGAAAGUCUAUACAAAGAAGACACAACGAUUAAGGCUCAAGAGAUAUUCUACGAUGAUGUAACAAUCAAACGAUUACGCGCCCGAUUAAAUGAAACAGUCGAUCUUCAUGCACCAUUGGAGGGAGUCAACAAUGAGUACGGAAUCAAUGCGAAUAAAAUGGUGUCGUUUGUCAAGUAUUGGAGAGACGAUUACAUGACGAGGUGGCCGGAACGUUUGGCAUUUUUGAACAGUCUGCCACAUUUUCUGACGGAAAUCCAAGGAUUGAGAAUACACUUCAUCCAUGUGAAGCCACAUAAUCCGGAAGGCAAACGAGUUGUUCCGGUGCUUCUACUACAUGGUUGGCCUGGUUCAGUUAGGGAAUUCUAUGAAUUCAUUCCAAUGCUUACCAAUCCCAAUAAGGAAUCGCCAGUUGCGUUUGAAGUAAUAGCACCUAGUCUACCAGGAUACGGCUGGAGCGAAGGUGCAAGUAAACAAGGAUUUGGACCAGCCGAAGUAGCUGUGGUUCUGAGAAAUUUAAUGUUGCGCGUCGGACACAAAAAGUUUGUAAUUCAAGGAGGUGAUUGGGGCUCCAUCAUUGGCUCGAACAUAGCCACCCUGUUUCCGCAAAACGUUGUUGCAUACCACAGUAACUUCUGCGUCGUUCGUACACCGCUGUCGACGAUUAAGCUUCUCAUAGCCAGCUUAUGGCCGACUGCUUUUAUUGACGAAAAGUUUGUGCCGAUGGUGUUUCCUCUGGGAGAAAAGCUCAAGACAAUGAUUGAAGAAACUGGAUAUUUCCAUAUUCAAGCCACUAAACCAGAUACAAUUGGCACAGCCUUACUUAACAACCCCGUUGGUCUAGCAGCAUAUAUCCUGGAGAAAUUCGUCUCAUGUUUCCCUGACCACGAUGACGAUGAAGUCAUCGAUAACAUAAUGAUCUACUACUUAACGAAAUCGUUUACAACGUCCGGACGGUUAUACAAAGAGUCCAUAUCAGCUGUUCAAAAUACGCUCGAACAAGUCCAGACACAUGUGCCAGUCGGUUGUACCCGUUUUCCCGUUGAUCUAUUCCAGACCAUGGAUUGGCAAUUGAAAGAUAAAUUUACGAAUAUUGUGCACAGUACAUGGCAGGAGAAAGGUGGUCAUUUUGCUGCUAUGGAGGUGCCGGAAUUGUUGUACAAAGAUUUUGUCGCGUUUGCGAAUAAGGUGUUCCGGUAAAGCGUUUGGGAUGUGUAUGGUGCACAAUUUGAAAUCAUUCACUCAACGGAUAAGAAGGGACUGGGGACCUUUAUAACUAAAUCCUCGUCGUUUCAAAAUAAAGUUCGUCAAAAUUGUAACUGCUCCU